GAAUGAGGGAAACCAUGACGUCAUCGAACCGAUGUCAACAAAGCAGCUCCUGAAUCACAGAACGCGCUCCAUGUCCACACUCAGACCCGGGUUCGGAUCCAUGCGGACCCGCAGCGCUCGGUGACGGUCCAGCUCAGACCCCGGUUCGGCACCAUGCGGACCCGCUGUGAUCUGUGACGGGGCCGUGGACGCGCAGGAGGAGCCGUUUGUGCAGGGUGUCAGAGGAAGUGAUGUCGGAGCAGCAGCAUGACAGUGAGGCGUCAGCGCCGGUGUACGUGUACGAAUCCAAGGUGCACUGUGCCAACGUGCUGCUGAGCCUGGAGGAACAGCGGCGGCGGGGGCUCCUCUGUGAUGUCACGGUGCUGGUGGAGGGCAGGGAGGUCCGGGCCCACCGGGCCGUCCUGGCUGCCAGCAGCAGCUACUUCCUGCAGGUCCUGCUGGGACACAGCGAGUCGCCAGGCAGCGCUGAACCCAUCAUCAGCCUGCCAGACAAGGUGACAGCUAAUGGUUUUGCUCCGCUGCUCCAGUUCGCCUACACUGCCAAGCUGGUGUUAAGUCAAGAAAACAUCCAUGAGGUCAUUCGGUGUGCCGACCUCCUUGGUGUGCACAACUUGGAGGAUUCCUGCUUCCAGUUUCUCCAGGCUCAGUUGGAGAGUGACGGACAGCACUCCAGAAAUUGCAAGGUGCAAUACGAUGAAGAGGAAACUGUCUUUUCCCAAGACGUUUCCUUUGAUAGCGGUUCAGAGACAAAGAAGGAAAGCUCUCUAACAGCUGAUGCUGCUUCUCCUCAUGAAGGUCUUCCACAAAGUCCAAAAUCCUGGAAGUACCAGCAACAGGUUUGCGACGACAAGCACAAUGGAUUAGGUCAACAGACCAUUCCCACUCUACCCAGUUCAGAGUCGACAGACUCCUGUGCUGCUCCCCAGACCCUUCUCAACCCCUCCAGGAUUAAAGAGGAGCCCUUUGAUGAAUCAGGACACGAGAGGAACGGCUUCAACGCAGAGUUUGGUACUGAAGAGGUUCUGGAGAUGGAGCUGGAAGUGGAGGGAGUUCCAGUUGCAGAUAAGCCGUCUGCGGAUGGGGAAUUAGCCUCGUCCUGCCUGCGUUCAUACCUCCAGCGAGGCGGCCUGGAUCUUGGCACCAUGACUGGCAGCACCAUUCAGCAGCUUCUCUCCAACCAUCUGUCCAUCAGCCACUACAGGGAGCUGCUCAAAGACAGGCAGAGGAGUAAGAUGGACUCUCUAAGCCAAUCCAACCUCUACAGCGUCAAUGAUAGGGACAUGCAGCAAUCCAAGACGUCUUCGUCUCGGUAUGAAGGCGAGCCAGACAGAUGUACCGUCAUUUUCUCCUCUGCUGCUGGUGAGCAACCUUUGUUGUCCAACAGAGAAAAAACUUCAACCAUGGAGCAAGUGGAGACUUCUUCACCUCAUCUGACAUGCCUCACCAGCUCUCCUGUCUCCAUCAAGACAUUAGCUGCCUCUCCUGUUCCAUCCGAACCCCAAACUCAGACCCCCAGCUCCCACUCCUCAUAUCCAGAUGACAUAGCCACUGGUAGCUCGCCGUCCAGCCUGGCCUUUGACCUCUCUUCUGCCCCACAUGUCAGCUCAGUCUCGGCUCUUCCUCAUUGUCUGGUCGGAGUGGUGGAAGCCCGGACGCCACUCAGAAGUGAGGUUGUCUUCAGCCAGGGCCACAUCAAGAUCAAAAGUGAGCAGGAGUUUGGUACCAGUGGAGGAAACUCCAGCGAUGAGUCCGAAUCAUUCUCAGAAGGCGACAGUGAAGGUGGAUCCAGAGUCUCUGGCCCUGAGGUGAAGCUGCCGUUCCCUGUGGAUCAGAUCUCCAACCUGCCUCGCAACGACUUCCAGGUCCUCAUCAAGAUGCACAAACUGACCUCAGAACAGCUGGAGUUCAUCCAUGACAUCCGGAGGCGCAGCAAAAACCGGAUCGCUGCUCAGCGCUGCCGCAAGAGGAAGCUGGACUGCAUUCAGAACCUGGAGAUGGAGAUCCGAAAACUGGUGUCCGAGAAGGAGAAGCUGCUGAGUGAGAGGAACCAGCUGCAGGUCUGCAUGUCCGAGCUCUGGCAGAACCUCUCCUUCCUCUCGCAGCAGGUGUGCAGAGAGGUCCAAACCAACCAGACUCCGCCCGCCUCCGCCACCAUCGACCUCACCUCAGAUUCUUCGGACCAGGAUCCCGUGAAACCCAGAUCCGGCAUGGUUGGCGAGAACUCUGAGGAGGUGGAGAGCAGACGGAAAGUCCAGGACGUGUUCGGUCGGAAGGAGCAGAACUCAGACGGUCCAGUGGUUCUGGUAUCCAGUGAGGAAUUGUGUAGCCCCACAGUGACAGUGGAUUUCUGUCAGGAGAUGACGGUGAAGUGCACAACGGAAGAGCCGGACACGCAGGACUCGUCUUGAGCAGAACUGGUUUGUUUACCUGUCUGACACACCUGUGAUCUCAUUAGUACUAACGGAGGUGGGCUUUUUUUUAUUUGGACAGGUGAGAAUGAGCAAGUCGGCAGCUUAUUUCCUAUUUUUAAACGAUCCAUUCUCCCGUUUAUCUCGUUUUUUUUUCUCAGGAAAUGUACAAACUGUUCAGUUUUCUCCUCCUUAACUUCUCUUUAAGUAUAACAAAAAUAAGUGUAACUGGUUUAACCUGAGGACCAAACCAGAUUCUAUAAAGGUGAGGAAACCUCAGAGCUGCAUGUAGGUCUAAAAAAGAAAACCAGUUUAAAACCAGUGAGAGCUGCUGUUUACAAAACGAUUCAACUUUGACCUGCUGAUGUCUGUCAAAGAGGUUCCAGCUGUUGGUGGAGCGGUUUUCUUGGAAAACAUGGAAGUACUGACAUAUACACUGCAAAAACACAACAUUUUACAAGGUAUUUUGGUCUAGUUUUUAGUACAAAAACUUUAGUACAAGUAAGAUAAGAUAAAACUAACUUACAAGUACAUUUUCAGCAGGAAAUAGGUCAGUAAUUCUUUGAAGUUAAUGAAAAAGUUCUAGUUUCACUGGUAGAUUAUUUCACUUAUAACAAUACAUUUCCCCCAUGUUAUAAGUGAAAUAAUCUGCCAGUGGAAAUAGUACUUUUCCCAUCAACAUUAAGGAAUUAUUCACCUAAACAAGCUCCUGUUUCUUGAUGAAAAGUUACUUGUAAGUUAGUUUUGUCUUGCAUGAGGAGCUAGACAAAAAAAUCUUGGUAAGAUUUUGUGUUUUUGCAGUGAUACUAGCACAAUAGAUUAAAUCAAAUUCAUCCUACUUCCAUUUUGUAUUUGUAAACAAACAGACCGAUUUAAACUGAUCAAAAGUCAGUUUACUUUUCAUUAUUGUUGAAUAUUUUCAUGAAUUAUAAAGUUUGAAAAUGUGAAUUUUGGUCUGUAACUUCAUCCCAAUUUGGACCAAAAGGUUCUUAUAAAAUAUGCCACGUUAAACUCUUGGGUGACCUUCUGUUGGCAGAUAUCAUUAUUUUUAAGGUGAUAUUUAAAAAAAUCCCUACAGUAGACUACAUAUAAUAUAAAAAGUCUGUAUGAUCUGAGAAUAUGUCCCUUGAACAGCAUACAAACAACUGAGAUGACCAUCGCCUAUGAAAACAAAAAUCACCUCAUCAAACUUAAGUUUAAAUUCUCAUCGCCUCAUAAGGAGCUAAUUCAGCACAAAAAAACAACAACAAAAAAAAAAACAAUAAAUCUGUAAAAUUAGAAGACUAAUGUGAAAAUAUAUCGCAAAAGCGCAACGCCCAUCUUAAAAGAUUCAACAGCAGAACAACAUGAGAUCGUCUUGAAGAUUCUUCUUCGACCAGAUGAGAACAAAGUAGCGAUGUUUGGCUAUAAUGGACGCCACUAUGUUUGAAAAUAACUAGAAAAAAAAAAAAAAUCUGCAAAAUCAUCACAAUUCUUCACACACCAGCAGUUUAGCACGGUGGUGGAGGACGGAUGACACCUUCUAGUCACUUAUUCUAAAAGCUAAAUAUCGGUUCAAGCUAGAUCUUAAGCGUUAACACAUUCGGUUAAUCUAUAUUAAUGGCUGAAACAGAGGAAUGACAGUGUUGCCAUGGCAACAUCUGUGGGUCGGCCCUAGCAACGGCCCGCUACUCAGUCGGUUUACAUUCCGGCUCGGUGUUUUCAGUAUUUCUCACUUCAGUUCACUCUCAUCUGUUCAGUAUGAAAAUCAAUGUGUGCAUCGCAGCGGUUAAAUUGUUUUACAAACUGCCGCAGUUUAUUGGGACUUCCUGGAAAAUGGGGGUUACCUCGAAACGGCCAGAGUGGCGUUUCAACAACAGAAAGACUUGGAUGGAAAGUCACGUUUUUUUCUGUUUAGUGAAGCAGUUGUUGUCGCAGCUUGACCGGAAGCAUGAAAUCAAUCCUCUAAACGAAAUCAUUUGAUAACUGAUCGCUCUGAUCAUCAAGCACAUCCUGGUUUUUGUAGACUCUCACUGCUGCCCCCUGCCGGAAACAACAUUACACAUAUUUUCAUAUUGUCAACUUCCUAAAAAAAAAAGCCAUCUUUUGCCAAGUGAUUUAUAUAUAUAUAAAAAUCUAAAUAAUCUUUUGGCAACAAAAGAGAUGGUGAUUUUUAAAUGUUUUUUAAAAAAAUCACUUCUGGCAAAAAAUAACUUAGGCCAUAUAUUUUAGGAAGGUGACACAAUUUAAUCUAAUUUAUAAGGAAAUAUCAAUGCAGAAUAAGAUUCAACCAGACCCAAAAUGCAUGGAUGGAUUUGUUUUUACUUGUUUCAUUUUAACGUGUCUACUAGGGUUUUACAAAUGUGUUUUUAAGAUUUGAUAGUUAAGCUGCAGUUUAACAUUCUGAUAAAAAAAGGUUUUCCCUGUGUUUCAGUGAAAACAUCAGGCUUCAAAAACACAACCAAUACCUUCACGAUGAGUUCAGAUAUUUGAGUUUUGCAGGAACUCCCCUUGUUUUCACAGCCAGAAUUUAUGUAAAUAUCUGUAGAAAGAAGAUUUGCGUAAUUAGUGCAGGUUGGAUUUGUUAGGAUUAGGAUUAACUCAUUCAGGAAUUCAGGUAUAUUCUUUCACCAGAGUAGAUGUUUCCGUUUCUGCUCCCAGUUUCUGCAGCAGCUGCUAAAGUAAAACCCAAACGCCCAGCUCUCCGUGUCGGUGCAACUUUCAUAUCAACUUUCAAAUUCACAUAUCAUGUAAAUUUGUCGAGCCGCUGAUCAAUUUGUUCUGACACACCAGUUUGUCUAAUGGUGGAUGGUUUGAAGCCAGAGCUCUAAAUAAACACUGUGGCACAGUAUUGAUCGCUGGGAUGCCAAAUUCAUGUGUUGAAAAGUCGAUGCAGGAGCACGUGGCUGCACAGAGUGCUGCUGCUGUUUGAUUCAGCCUCCAACGUGUUGCAGCGCUGCAGUUGGCCUCCUGUUGUCCACAGUAGGGUCACAGGGUCACUGUGGACACCCACCCACAGCUGGAGAUGUUUACCACGGUGGGAGAUGUGAUCAAUUUGAAGCUGCUGUAUUCACCCCGAUUUAUUUAUUUGGGUUCUUUGCGGAUCAAAUUCUUGUUAAUCUGGACUUAUUUGUUUGGUUGUAAUAUUUGACCUCCUCCAACCCUGACUAUUACACAACAACGUAUUAGGGCCUUUGCAAAUAGAAAAAAAAAGAGUACAUUUCUGCCAAAAACUUCAGAAAAUUUGUAAUUUAUCUUAGAAAUAUUCUGGAAAAAUGCUUGGAAACGCCUGAUCUUGAAAAGUUGAAAGUUUGCAAAGAAGAAGCAUUGAGAGAUGUUAAGAUGAAUCUGGGAAAUUUUCUAGAAAAAUCCAGAAAAUUUCUCAGUUCCAAAAUUUAAACAUUUUCCAGAAAAACUCAACUUUUUAGAUUAAAAAAACUUGGAACUUUUUGAGCUCCGAAAGUCGAAAAUUUGUAAGAAAAGAUACUUUUUUUAGAUUAAUCUAGAAAAUUUUCUAGAAAAUACUUGGAAAUUUCAGCAUUUCAGAAGUAAAUUUUCUUUGACUAUUUAAAAUAAUCUAAAAAAUUCUGAGUUUUUCCUUGCAAAAGUUCAACUUUUGAAACUCAAAAAUUUCCAAGCUUUUUUCUAGAAAAUUUCUAAGAUUUGUUUUUUGGCAGUAAUUUACUCCUCCUUUUUUCUGUCUAUAAUCGCCGUAAUACGACGUCUUUCUAUUCUUUUUUCUUCUGUAACAUAUAAUUCAGACUAAAUUUUGUUUAUUCUAAAAUAUAAAAUUUUUGAUAACUUUUUGAGAAAAAAAACACUAAAGUCUUCCUUCAGUCAUCUGAUCAAACAACUUUGCAUAUACAGUAGGUGGUUGAAAAUGGGCUAAAAAUUGGUUCAAAUGUCAUUAUUGGCAAGUUAAAUAUUAACCCUGACGUAGCAGCUUAAACAGGUUUGGUAUUGAGAAACUCUGGGUAAAAAGUGGAACCCAUACGAGUCCUAAAUAUGUUUUGCAAUUUGAACUACUUUCCAUUAUGCCUAUUGAAGACCCAGGGUAUCUUGUUUAUUGGGUACUGUUGGGUAUCUUGCAUAAGUUACCCAACAGGUGUUGCCAAAAUAAGUUGCAUACAAUCAACCCACAUGGAUUCUGAGCAAAUUCCACUUAGAUCCCACAUAAACAUGUUGGCUAGUUAUUUUUCUUGCUUCAGGAGGAGUUCCUAAAAUAAAAUUAUGCCAAUUUACAUUCUGACUUUACUCCAUAAACAUGGCCAAACAAACUGGAUUUCUGGAUUGAAAUGCAGCUCAGUUAUUGAGUUGAACAUUCUGCAGCAGAAUUGCUGUUCUGGAGAACUUUUGGGGCAUUUGGACUUGAUACCAGAUACAAAAAAACAAAACAAGAAGAAUCCAUGUUUGGAUUUUCAGCAUUCCUCCUUUGCGACAGACUCUGUGUUUCUAACUUUUUACUCUGUGUACUUCUUUGUAGGUUUUGUGGACCAUUUUUACCUGUUUUGUGUAACUGUUAACCGAUGACUGUUAUUUGCAGCUUUUUCUUUUUAAGUCUCUGAAUGAGGUUUCUCUGGCUUUUGUAAAAACUGAACAACAUGUCACAUCCCGUUUAUUUGAUAAGAAAAAAAAAGGUCUGACAGGAACAAAAAAAACCUGUUUUUGUAGAGAAAUAAAAGCAUGAGGACUGUU